GCAGUCGCGCGCCGGCCUGCGCGCAUCCACACACCACGCGCUGUGCGCAUCUGCUCAAAAAUACAGACUAAAACGCGAAAACUAAAGUUAUAAGUGCGCGAAAAUUGACACCUCAAUUUGUGAAAAUUUAUAUCAAAUAAGUACUACUCGAAAAUCAGUACAUAAAAUUAUAGUUUGUCACUGAUGCAACUUGUACGAGCAUUUUUAAGAGUUGCUUAUUUUUAGUACAUUUUUUUUUUUUAAAUUUAAAAACAUAUAAAACGAAAUAUAUUUUGUGUAACUUAAACUUCUACAAACAAUUAUCAUUAAUGCAAAAUACUGCAAAAGAGGACUUGUGCAUUAGCUAUAGCCGUGCGUGCAUUUAUCAUAUCAUAAAAUUAAUCCCGGCAAAAAUUGAAUAAAUAUUUGUAAAACGUGUAAACUACCUGAAUAUCUCCUAAAGACCUUAACUCCAUACAUGGCACUACAGCAAUCCAACGUUGGUCAAGGGUAACUUGUGACGGCAUUUCUCUAACAGACGUCGAACUUUAAAUACUACCUAAUAAGUCACACCUACAUCAAAUGAGAAGUGAUCAAUAACAAUCAAAUAAAUUUAACUUUGCCACACUUCAUGGUAAUACUUGUUUAAUGCUAUUUAGUGCCCAACUUAUAACAGCAUUUCAACGCAUUUACCAAAUAAGUUACCAAGAUCAACUUGAAAACAAAGAACUUGAAGGUGAAUAGUUUUGAUGUCAAGAGACCCAAAGAGAGUUAACCUGAGUCAAGUGUUUAGAAGUAAAGAUAUUUAAAGCUAAGAGCUUGGAAGUCAAGUUCUUCAAAUCGAAUAUUUUUUAACUCAAGAACUUUAUAGCGAAGAGUUUGGGAGUUAAAUACUUAUAAGUGAAAAGGUUAGAAAUCGCAAGAUCUAGCGCAAAGAGCGUAGAAGAAUUGGGAGUUAAGUGCUUAAAAUAGAAGACUUUGGGAGUCAAGAUCUCAAACAAAUACCUUGAAAGAAGUAAAAACCCCAAAGAUGGCAGAAAAGGUCCCAGGAGUGGACUGCGACCGCCUGAUGAAGGAACUGGGACAGUUCCGGCGAUUCCACCUUCUCAAUUAUGUGCUGAUGGCGCUGGUAGCGUAUACGGCAGCCCACUACGCUAUCAACUACGUGUUUCUUGCUGCCGAUGUGUCCUACAGAUGCGUGGUCCCCGAAUGCGAAGCGACGAACAGCACUGACUUCAGCGCGGCGUGGACGUCGGCGGCCCUGCCCGAGCACGGUCGGGCGCACCGAUGUUCCCGCCGGGUCCCACUUGACCCCACCCUCCCCUGCGAAGCUAACAGUGCCUUUAGUGAAGAUGUAGUCAACUGCGACCAGUGGCUGUAUGCUUCGGCUAACACAAUUGUUACUGAGUUCAACCUGGCCUGCCAAGAGUGGAAGAGGACGCUGGUGGGAACCGUCCACAACAUCGGCAUGCUGGUAUCUUUGCCUAUCCUCGGCUACGUCUCUGAUCGCUGGGGCCGUAAAACAGCUCUGAUCCUGUCCUGCGUGCUGGUGGGGGCCAUCGGCUCCCUGAAGGCUUUCUCCGUCUCCUACGAGAUGUACGUCAUCGUGGAGUUUCUGGAGACCGUGGCUGGCGCUAGCGCGUUCCCUGCUGCCUUCAUCAUGACCAUCGAAUUGCUCGGCCAAGAGAAGCGAGUCUUAACGACAGCUUUCCUUGGCAUCAUGCUGGUCAUCGGCGGCCUGAGCUUCGCACUCCUCGCUAAGACCUUCCAGUACUGGCGGACCUUCAUCCUCGUCGUCUACCCACCUUCCCUCCUCUUCCUCCUAUACAUAUACUUCCUCCCUGAGAGCAUUAGAUGGCUACUCUCCAAAGGGCGAAAGGAAGACGCAUUAGAAAUAAUUACUAAAGCAACGAAGAUGAAUGGUGUGACGCUACCUGAAGAGACGAUCAAACAGCUCCAAGAAGCUAAAGUUCCUCUUGAGAAGAAGGAAGAAGAAUCCGGAUUAUGGAUGCAAGUGUUCAGAUCGCCUAUUAUAAUGCGUCGCCUGGCAAUCUGUUCCUGGUGGUGGAUAACCUGUACGUUCGUGUUCUACGGUCUGGCGAUAAACUCGGUGUCGCUGGCUGGUGAUAAGUACACCAACUAUAUGCUGGUGGUGUCUGUGGAGGUGAUAGCGGUGGUUACCAACGCGCUGGUGCUGGACCGGAUCGGUCGCAAGCGGACGCUGCUCAUCGCGUAUAUUGUCUGUGGGAUCUCUUGCGUGGCCAUUGCUUUUGUGCCUCCUGCGAUGUCGUGGCUGGCAACGCUGCUGUACCUGAUAGGCAAGAUCGCCAUCACGCAGGCCUUCAGUGGCGUGUACAUGUACACGUCGGAGCUGUUCCCGACGCAUGCGCGCCACAGCUUGUUGGGAUUCUGUUCCAUGGUGGGCAGGCUGGGGUCCAUCGUGGCUCCACAGAUGCCGCUACUGGCAAUCUACGUAGAAUGGCUGCCAUCAGUCCUGUUCGGCAGCACAGCGCUAGUGGCAGGCGCUCUCAUGCUGACCACGCCGGAGACCCUCAACACGCGGCUACCCGACACUAUACAGGAGGCUGAAGAACUCGCUAACCAACAUAAGAAGCCUGAGAACUUGGAGAUGAAGGCCUGCUAGCAUCUUGACCCUACAUAAUAGCGAUUUAGUAAUGUCAAAAAUGUUUUUUCUGCUCCCGAACUGUUAUUCGUCAUUUACAGGGUCGUGCAUAGAUAUUUAAAACCCUACAUAAAAGUCUAUUCCCCAAAGCCAGCGUCCGCCGGCUUUCCGCGCAUGCGCGCAGUAUCGGAAAAACUGAAAACGCCUUGUUUGGCUCUGUAACAAUGGCAACGCAUUAUUAUAAUGAUACUGUGCGCGUGCGUGGGAAGGCUUUGGUCAGCUGGGCUGACAGUGCAAACUGCAAACCUUUGCGUCAAAAUACAGAAAACGGUGUGGAUUUGACGAAAGUUAUUCAAGGAAACUAUUAAAAACUAAGUGCAUGAUUGUAGAAAAAGUAUUGUAUGCAACGGUGUUUAACUGAAUCAAAAAAUAAUCGUAACGUCUUUUCGGCUUCACCUAUAAUUGUUACACACGCCACUCGUCUUUUUUGAUCUCCUUUAAUAUCCUGUUGCAUAAAAUAGUAUUAUGUUCUUGUAAAAUCCUAUAAAAGAUUUUUGAUUUAGGCCUCAGAUUUUAUUUAUUUAGGCUUCAUAUUGUACUAUAUUUAUUUAAGAAACAUUUGUACAUGAGUAACAACGACAAGGUUAGAUGUAGAAUAGUUACACGAAAAAUAAAGCGUGAAAGUAUUUACUGUAUGUUAAUAAUACUUUUUUUAUUCUGCAUCUUAAUCUGUCAUAGACUAAAGUAUUUAUUGUGGGGUACAGUUUACACUUACCUGCGAUGGUAUUUUGUACAAUGAAAGCGCACAGAAAUAGAAUACUUAUUUAUCUAAGGUAUAGCGGGGCAAAACUCG